UUCUCUAACGCUCGAUGGCGUACCAGUGCGGAUCGUGAUUCUGCGGGACGCGCAGCGUCGCGGCGUCCUCCGUGUCUCCGCCGUGUAUCCUCUCGUCGUACCGAUCUCGCGCGCGUCCGUCCGUCCGUCAGCGAUCCGACCGAGACGCGGCGCGAACGGCCGGAUUUCCCCUUAAGGGUCCAGUGCGACGAGAACCGUCGGAGAGGGAUCGGAUGAGGAGUAUCCACAAGGGACAUGUGGGGGAACAGUAAAUUUGGGCAAAAAUAUGAGAGAUACAUGACGCCAUGAUAAGAUGCUUCUUAUCACAGUGACGAUCGCAGGACGUCAACGUCUAGCGCGGAAAGUUACAUCGGUUGCCGUCCAAGAAGGAAUACGAUAGCUCGUCACGUUUACUACUUUUCCCAAUGCUUUUAUCGUUCCUUCUCGCUCUUGAACGUCCCGAUGACCGGACAAUGGCCGAGAAUAAACGUACGAUCGAAGAUGAAGGGAAUUUAUGCUGAGAGUACGUUCAUUGAUGGUCGAACCGGGCCACCUCUCUUGAUCUUGAUCGAUAGAUACACGCGACACGCGCGCGCCUGUAAUCCGUCGUGACUUGGCACGUGUGUUUUAAAAACACCGCGAUCGCGCGGUAUCGAGAUAUCGAGGUUCGUCCGUGCUCGAACUUUGGAUGUUUGCGCGAGCUGUGGUAGCACCGUAUGUUUUUCCGAAGAAUGUGAAGAAGGGGACGGAAGCCGAUUUACUUGUCAGUGGUCUCGCUGAGACGCGAUUAUGACGGACGUAGCAAAAGGUGCACGGACGAUCGAUGCGUAAACGUUUCGCUGAAGCUAUAGAUUCACACAGGAGAGCGAAAAACAUUCUCGACACAUAGAGCAACUUGGACGUGACUUUGGUGGAAUUAAAAAAAAAAAAAAAAAAUGGUUAGACAGCGCGAAAGACUGCUUUGAGGCGAAGGAAUAUCGAGAUUCGGCAGUCAUGUAGAAGAAGGCCGCUGCUGUCGGAUCAAGGGCUUUUGAAUUGAUUUCCGGGAAGGGUCAACGGCGACUUGAAAUCGCCGCCGGCUUUUUAGCCCGGAACAAAACGAGAAAUGAGAUUUUGAGGGGUUCGAGGGAGAUAUAUCUGCGAGUUUUGAGCGAGGACGAGAAAAAGGAACGGAGGAGGCAAGAUGUCGUGAACGUUUCGAUGGGACGCUGGACCGUUCUCUGGCGCGCAAAUUUCGGGAAUUUUUGCGAGUGGUGGAAGAAAAGUUCCUUGUGUUUGGUUUACCGAGUUGGGCGGGGACAGCUUGCCCGGAAAAUUGGCAGUGUUAGUUCGCGGGGAUUUUCGCAGUGCAUCGUGGAAGACUGCGCAAGAUUCCUCCACCUAUGAGUGAUGCUUUCGGACGUAACGUCGGCGAAAGUUCGGCCGUUAGUUCCGCUCCGUUGAACGAUACCGAGGAAUCUUGUUCGCCGGGGGCUGAUUCCACAGCGCGAUUACGCGAGGCGGAACGACGUGGUUGAGGGACCCCGAAAAAGAGUUCGCCGUGCAAGACGGUUGGCGUCUCGCUCUCGCGCGAUUCAUUUAUAAUAAUUGAAGCGAUCGUGCGUCGCACGAACGAUCGCGGCAGCGUAUCGUCAAUGGCGCACAUCCAAUCUCCGAUCGCUACAUUAGGUUACGGAUUCCGCGCGAUAUCGCGGAUAUUGCCCGUUCACGUAUCAAUAUAUAUCCCGACGAUCUGGUUUAGCUCGCGAAUCGAUCAAAAGAAACGCGCGCUCUUACUUCCGUGAGAUUGAAAGCCGCGGAUGUAAGCUCUCGUAGGCUCUCGAGCGGCCGAGGAGCGGAAUCCUCCGUAUCUCCGUGUACGGAGAGGAAGAAACAGAUCUGUGUAUAAAAAUCCACGAACGCUUAAAACAAACGGUUAAAACUAAUUUAAUAAAAUGAGAUCGGAGUACAAUCGUGCGCUUAGACGUAUCCGUGCGCGCGUAAUACGACGCACACAGAGCCAGUGAAUGUGAAAAGUGUCGGCUCCGUUAUAUCGCGCUUGUUCGUAACUCCUCCCUCGUCGAGUUUCGUUUAUAUAUCGCGCGCGCGCGCCUGCUUAUUCUCAUUCUCUCAAGCAGUGCGCGAAUACGUACGUACGUACACACGUACGUACACACGAGUGGCGGAUCGCGUGCCCGCGCGGUCUCGUGCCUCGACGCUUGUCGUUACACGUCCGAUCGUAAGUGUAACGAAACUUCCUGUAUACGCGCGGUAUCGCGCCCUGUCACGGUACAGUAAAAUUUGCGCUGCCGUGGACCGCUCCGCUGUUCACACGGACGAGGAUCUUGAUCCUCGUGUAACAGAGAGAAAGAGAGAGGGAGAGAGAGAAAGACGAUAAUUCGGCCGGGGGAGAUAUGUGUGGCACGGGGUACUCGUUUCGGAUCGGACUUGAUUAUCGGAAGUCCGUACGAAUUCGUCGGUACGGUGAUACUCGCAUUUAGGAAUCUGAAACGAACGAUUCGAGGGGGGGAGGGGGGAGACGGGUCAAGAGAGUGCGUGAGCGGUUCUAAUCAACCUCGAUUGAGUUAGAUUGGGGUCGUAGUGGUUCCGAAAGGGACACCGAUAAAAGCCAUGGGCAUCAUGGAUGCGUGGAAAGGCGGCCGGAUAAUCUAUGCUUAUCUUCUAUGGGUCGUCUUCAAGGCUACCGCAGCGGGGGGACUUUAUGAUGCCAUGAAUUCGUUGGUGGAGGACGUCGUCGUGGAGGCGGGGAAGAACGUCACGCUGGGAUGUCCGGGGGUGACGGAGGAUUCGCUGGUGUUGAUGCUCGAGUGGCGGGCAAACGGGAUGCGGCUGCUCGAGUAUAAGAGCAGAAGCACGACUGUCGUGCGGCGAACGGAACAGAACAGAAUGUCCCUGUCGUUGAAAAAUUAUUCGUUGCAGCUGCAUCCCGUCACCGCCGCCGACAGCGGUAUGUACGAGUGUCUCGUGAACAACCGGAAUGCGCCGGAAGCCGUGAUCAAGCUCAUCGUGCGAGAUGUGCCUGAUCCACCGGAACGACCGCUUGUCAUAAGUUACACGUCCAAAGCCGUGAAUAUAUCGUGGGCACCUGGUGUUAAUUCCCACAACACUCCAAUUUCGCAGUACGUCAUCUACACCCGCAUCGACGAGGACGGCCCGUGGAACGCGACGAAGGAGAUCAUCACGCCGCACAACGACACGUUCUACACCGUCGAGAACCUGAGGCCAUUCACGGUGUACAGCUUCAGAGUGGCGGCGAUAAAUGCUUUAGGACGCAGCAAACCCAGCCAGGCAUCCUACUACAUGGUGACCCUACGCGAAAUACCAGAAGGAAAACCGACCAUCACGGCGGCACACAAUACCUCAGCGACGUCUAUUUAUCUGGCAUGGAAGCCGCCGAGCCGCGACACCAUACACGGCGAGUUCCUUGGGUAUCGCAUCGGGUACCGGCGACGCGAGAAAGCGGAUGAAGAAAUGAAAAACGUUUACAUUCGUGAUCCUGCUGUCGACAAUCAUAGUAUUCACAAUUUGGAUACCUUCACGCAGUAUCUCGUCUCCCUGCAAGUGUUUAACCCCGAGGGUCAUGGACCGGCCUCGACCGUGACGGUGAUGACCGACGAGGGCGCGCCGACCAAGCCGGAGAAUCUCACCUCCCGGGGAAUCACGGGGACAACGAUUGAACUCUCGUGGUCGGAGCCUGAGAACGCCAACGGUGUCAUCGCCGGUUAUCGUGUUUACUACAUGCAUUCCAAUUACACGGACGUUAAGAUGCAUUUACCCGACAAAUCUACGGACACCGACGACAUCGACUUCGUUCUGAGGGAACUGCACCCGUUCACCGAUUACAAGAUCUGGGUGAAGGCUUACACGCGGAAGAACGAGGGCGAGCCAUCCGAUCAGAUCAUCCGCAGGACCGACAUAACAGGACCGAGCGCACCUCAGAUUUUGAAUUUAACUUGCCAAUCUCAUGAAUCUGUCUACGUUCACUGGGCCAGGCCAGCGAACUUCUGGGGCUCAAUUGACUACUACUACAUCAAUUAUCGAAGGGAUAACACGAGAUAUUACGAGGAGAUCGAGCUGUCGGCCGAUAAAAAUCAUCUCGAGAGCGGGGCUAUUAUACCCAAUCUGACGGUGAACACGGUUUACGAGAUCGUGGUACGAGGGGCCACCAGGAGUACGAUAGACAAAGGCCUGAUCAUUCAAGGUGACAGCUCUAUACCGACGAAAGUGUUGGUCACCCGCGAUUGCGACAAGAUACCGCCCUUGAUGCGCCGCAGCAGCAAGGAUCUCAGCGCGGGCGUGAUCGCCGGUAUGGUCUGCGCCUGCUUCGCCGUGAUGCUGGCGAUUACGUCCUUCGUGCUGUGGAAACCGAUCUUCAGGAAAUGCUUCCACACUGCCUACUACUAUCUGGACUACCCGCCGCGGAAUGUUCCCACUCUUCAAGAAUGGGAGAACAGCGAGCAGGACGGCGAAAGGACCGCCGUGGCCGUGCAGCAAUUCGUUCAGCACGUCGCGAGCCUUCAUGCCGACGGUGACAUCGGCUUCAGCAAAGAAUACGAGCUGAUACAGUCCGAGACCGGCGAUUAUACCGUGGAAAAUUCCCAGUUUGCUGAGAAUAAGGCCAAGAACAGAUACUUGAAUAUACUCGCGUACGACCACACUCGCGUGCAAUUGCUCUCAUGCGGCGGUGGGCCGCCUAAAAAGGGCCAGGAUUAUGUUAAUGCGAACUACAUCGAUGGAUGGCAAAGGGCACGAGCUUACAUCGGUACCCAGGGUCCGCUCCCACCUACGUUCGAUGGCUUCUGGAGAAUGGUUUGGGAGCAGCGCGUAUCAAUAGUCGUAAUGAUUACCAAUCUGGUCGAACGAGGUCGUAGGAAAUGUGAUAUGUAUUGGCCCAAGGAGGGGACCGAAACGUACGGUUACAUUCAAGUAACCUUAGUGAGGGAGGACAUUAUGGCCACAUAUACUAUCCGUACUCUCCAAAUUCGACAUUUAAAGCAGAUCAAGAAGAAGAAAAAUGGGACCAAUAUGGGCGAGCGCACUAUAUGGCAGUACCAUUACACCGGCUGGCCUGAUCACGGCGUGCCCGAUCAUCCAUUACCCGUUCUGAGUUUUAUUCGCAAAUCGUCCGACGCUAAUCCGCCCGAGGCUGGACCCAUUGUGGUCCAUUGCAGCGCCGGCGUCGGCCGUACCGGAACAUACAUCGUGAUCGACGCCAUGCUGAAGCAAGCUAAAGCCAAGAGCGAGAUUAACGUGUUCGGUUUCCUCAAGCACAUCCGCACCCAGAGAAAUUUCCUGGUUCAGACGGAGGAGCAGUACAUCUUUAUCCACGAUGCCCUGCAGGAGGCGAUCGAGAGCGGCGAGACCAAUAUCGAGUCCAAUAACUUAAUAAAGCACAUUCAAGACAUGCUGUGUCCAUCGAAUAAUAAGACUGACGCGUGGAACAACAUCGAAGCUCAAUACAAGUUGGUAACGUCGUGGAAACCCAAGGACUUCAAUCUCGUGUCCGCCACCAAAGCGUGCAACGUUCACAAGAAUCGUAACAUGGAUAUUGUCCCUAUCGAGAAUGCGCGCGUUCACCUGACGCCGAAGCCAGGCGUCGACGGAAGCGACUACAUAAAUGCAACAUGGGUCUCAGGUUUUCAACGCAACCGCGAGUUUAUCAUAACGCAGCACCCGAUGGAGAACACUAUAAUGGAGUUCUGGCAAAUGAUGUGGGACCACAAUGCGCAGACUAUCGUGAUGUUAACUCAAUGCGACGAGGAAUACCCGGAGUUUUGGCCUAUCGAGGGGAAGGAUCUUGAAUCCGAGACAUUCCGAGUACGACUCUGCGCAACGAAGGAGACCGUGAACGGGACGAUUCUACUGGAAGUCGCGGUUCGAUCGUUACAGGAUGAUUACGAGCUCAGCGCUAGGAUCGUUCAAGCGCCGUCGAAUCAGAGUGGUUUGUGGCCGCAUAACAACAACCCGAAGACUUUCGUCAGUAUCAUUCAGGACUUUCAUCGAGACUAUCAGAACGGUCCUAUCGUCGUGAUGGACAGGUAUGGUGGAGUCGAGGCUGCACUCUUUGUCCUGCUGACUACGUUGAACAAGCAAUUGGAAUUCGAGCAAAGCGCCGACAUCUACAUGUUCGCGAAGCUACUUUACAUGAAGCGACCUGGCGUUUUCCGUUCAAAAGAGGAUUACAUAUUGCUGUACCAGUGUCUGGAGUCCAUGUUAUCGACGAAAGGCCGCGCGGAGCCUGACCUGUACGCCAUGGCGAACGGACACGUCGCUACGCUGAACGACCCGAACGAGAUCAGGUCGGCCUCGUCGAUUCAACACAUGCCGAUAGAUUAUCCAUCCAAAUCAUCCGUCAUUCGUGAAUACGCGACAGUAGAAGUCAGUUCCGAAUACCUGUCCGACUAUACCAUUCCUAUACGCGUGGAUCACCCGAUCGAGUCGUCCAGCAGCCGUGGGAGCGAACCCUGCCUCUCCUCCCACGGCGGCAGCAACGAUCAUGUAGUACCGUCGGAGAAAAGCAUGGUGGUGUCGCAGAGAAACAUUAGCUAUCAUAAUCAUCCGCCAUCCGGCGUCUCCGUAAUGGUCGAUGCUAACGGUUAUAUCACAAAUGGCAGCAUGCGCGUACCCUCCGACAACAUGGAGCCCAGCUGCAAGAUGAUGCCCCAAUGAUGCCGGCCUAUCUUCGGUUGCAGCGCACCCUCGCGAAGGUCGGCCCCGCUGUAAUCGAGACUUCCGGACGCGCGCGCGCGAGCAUCGGAAGUUUAAUCACAACCUGACUGAUCCUCGCAACGCGGAGGAGGUGAUAGUUCGCAUCCAGGAGAGAGCUGCAGGAUCUUCGAGCGGAUUUCUUAGUGUACAUAGAGCUAACGUGAAUGUUAAACGGGAGGAGAAAAAAAAAACGAAAAAAAUACGUGAGAGAAAGGAAUUUUGGUAAGGAAACCCUGUUUCCGGCGCGUGAGCGGACAGUGCCAAACGAAAGAGACAAAAUUGCCGCUGAUGCACGCCGGAUGGGCGAUGCUUAUCUUUGUCCGUCGCGUAAGUUUACGUUGUUUAUACUCUUAUUUUGUAUAUAUAUAUUAUACAUUGCAUAUAAUUAUUGAUAUACAUAACACACACAUGCGCGCGUGCCCGCACGUACUUGUGCAUAAUGCAUAUAAAUAGAUGCACACACAUACAUGCUACAUAAAACAUUACAUAUAUAUAUAUAUAUAUAUAUAUAUAUAUGUAUAUAUGUAUAUAUGUAUAUGUGUAGGAAAUUUGUGUGUUGUAUGUGUGUGCGUGCGCGUGUGCGUGCGCAAGUGUGUACAUACGCACGUCGAAAAUCCGACAGCUCCGAGUUGCCAAAGAAUAAUUACGAUAGCCUAAUCGUUAGGACGAUAUUAUCGCGGAUGAGUGUGUGUACAUAUAUAAUAUACGUAUACACGUGUAUCCAAUUAUUCUACGUGUUUUAGUUUAUUGUAUACAUAUGCGUGAGGAUGCAUCGUCGGGCGAAAUGCUUUCGCAUAUACGAAUCGCGAUUGUUGCGCGCGAUAACGGGAAUUCAAUUACAAGCGUCUGCCCUCUCUCGUUUUUCAUCCACAUCUCGAUUUGCGGACUCAAUACAAGCCUGGCAACGAGCGUUGGUCACGACUAUUGCACGGCGACAUUUAUCGUGCUCGCUACUGCCAUUUAGCGACGAUACAAUCGGUAUCGGCCACCGCGAUCGUCAGUCGUUAAAAUUAAGUUCGAACGAGUGAUGCCGCGCGUGUACGCUGCAAAUCCAAGUCUCCUGAGACUGAGUCGCGCGCUACGAGAAAAUGGUUACGAUGUGUAGGGAACGGCAGUGUAGGCAUGGACGAUCGCAAUCCCAAAACAAUAUCUUGGACAGUGGUGAACAAUCGAGCAGACACGCGACUUAUGUUGCGCGAGUAAACAAGUACACAUGAUAGGUUACUUACCCCUCUCCCCGGUCGCGCUGCUCGGCUCCGACCGACGCCGACUGCAAGCCUCCGCUGCUCCUUCCGCCGUUGGCCUCUCCAUGGCAUUUACACGAUCUCACACGCGCGCACUUAUUAACGAAACGAAACGAAUAAGAACGAAUUGCGCAGAGGAUGUAAUCCCCGAUACAUAAUUCCCGAUUUACCGCGCUGCGUCUCCGUGGCGUUCCGUUGGCGGGAGCUUGACUGGUGACGCCAGUGACGUCAUCGUCACCUCGGCAACUUCACUCCGAUUCACCGCCGCGACACGGCGGACGUGAGUCAAGCUGGAGUUAAGAUGCCGAAUCGACGCGGUUAAUCUUCAUUCUCUAUGUACGCAUAUUAGCGUGCGUUACCGGCACGCGUCAAACAUUUUACGCGUGCAUGAAAGUCGUCUCGAUUAGUCGUCUCGAUUUCGGUCUCUUAACCCUCGCUUGACGCACGUCGUAUCGCGCGGUGAAUCGGAGUGAAGUUGCCGCCGUGUGCUACCGAAGCUCUUUCCCGCCUACGGAACGCCACGGAACGGACGCGCAGCGCAGCGAAGCUCUCUCGAAUCGCGUUUAAUCGAAUUACGUACGGCCUGCAUAAUUGAUUCUGCAUUCGUUGCGUUUCGCUAACAAGCGCGCGCGCGCGAGUGCUAUGGAGAAGCGGUGCCGCGAAGGAUUCCGAGAGAAGGAGCAGCAGAGACUUGGGCAGCGCGACCGGAGAGGGGUAAAUAACCCAUCAUUCACUUGUUUACUUACUCGCAUCGCUCGCGACGCACUAGCGUCGCGUGUCUCGUCGAUCCUUUUUUUUUUGCAUCACGCUUGUCCAAGAUUUGUGGCUUUGGACUUGUAAUUAAAAUGCAUUGACGUUUCUUACGCAUUGUAUUCAUUUUCUCGUACCGCGCGACUCUCGGUCUCAGGAACGAGAUCAGAGGUCGUUCUCGAUGCGCGAUUACUCAAAUCAAAACUACGUCUGUAGCAAACGGUGUCGUACAACAAUUUGCGUGUACAAUUUGCCUCUCAAGUCUGUAAACGGGACACCCGUAAACGAAUCGAACGCACAACUUCGUAGAAAAUUAGACGGUUUUUGGUAACGUCUAACGCACAACAUUAGGGUGCGAUCUCUCUAUGGAAAAUAACGGGGAUUCUUUUUAUAAGUUCAGACAUAAGUUUACGUAUAAAGAGCACAGAGGCGAAAUUAUUCAUUAGAAAACAGCAGAAAGAUGUGAAAAACGCGCAUCGACUCGCGCUGUGUGUGACUUACGUUUUCUCUUUAAUUAAAAACGUAAAGUGAUAUGUAACUCUUUUACGGUGAUGACAAUCGCGAUAUUUUUAAUUGAUCAUUGCUUGUUUACCCAAGCAAACAACGCAAAGCGAAGUAAUACUUUAAGUCCCCAAUUUCCGUAUUUUCUAUUAAUUACAUUGAUCGUGUUAUUGAGAAAUCUGUUUAUACAAAUUAAUUGAUAUCUAGGUAAAUUAAUUGUAAUUAAUUGAACCUUCUCGUAAAGCCUAUUAACGUCAUUUGCAUAACGUUAGCCAGCAUCAUGAAUAUAGGAAAUGCGUAUGUGCAAGAUAGUUUUUUUUUUGUCCAUUAACCGAGUUUGAAUUUAUGACGAAGACUUUUUAAGACGAAUCUCACGUCGGGAAGAAAUCGAAAAUCGAUAUCGUAUAAAAAAUGGUCGCUUUCGUCGCGCGUAAAGAUGCUCAUCGCGCAAAUCCGUACAAAUCCGAUUUACAAACGUGUCUUAUAGAUCAUUGGUCACCGUGCGUCAGAAAGCGCACACUGAAAAAAAGAUUUGAUAAAAAUAAUUAAGCCUAGAUGAUAACUACUGAGCUUUGGUGAAAUAAUUUCAAUUAAAUAUUUAGUUAAUGUACAAAUAUUUAAUAAUAUAUAGUAACUGUUUGGUAACCGUUUAGUAAUCGUUGCUUACCAUUAAUGCAAUUACCAAAUAUUAAUAAACAUUUGGUUAUAUUAAUUAAACGUUUAAUUGAAGUUAUUUCACCAAAAUUUGAUUAUCAUCGAACUCUUUUUUCCAGUGCAGUCAGAUACUUUGCGAAGUGUACGUUCCGUCGCUUGGCCUAACUCGUACAGUACAAAUUAGUCUACUCUUUUGAACGACUAUUCAUUUAAGUUAACAAAUAGCAAUUACGUAUAGGAGAAAACUCAAAACUGGUUCGCUUUAACUUGCCGAAACUAUUAUAAUUAAGUGACAACACCAUUCUAAUAAUAAUCGCGACGAAGCAUCAUACUACCGAACGUAUUCCUCCGUGGUAAUCGACAGCGUUAUCGGUCGACUCGAACGAAUUUCCGCGGAGAACGGAGAAGGACAAAAUAAGAUAAAACAAAAUAAAAUAAAAAGAAGAACAGUUCCUCGCGCGAAUCGCGGCAGAUAAUAUUCGCCAGGUUCACCUCGUCGUACGCGUAUAAUUGCGAAAGUAGAUACAAAUCGUCACCCUUCGAACGAAGUAGAACCGCUGGACGAAACGGAGAGAGCAGAGGCAACGAGUACAAAGCCGAGGGAAAUACACACGUAGGAGAGCAGCGACUUCCGUACGUUCCGUUCGGUCAGCCCGCUGUGAUUCGCUAUGCGAUAGUGCUCGUUAGGGAGAAAAUCGCUUUAUCGUCGAUACGUGCAGUUGCGUGUGGGAAACGUCGCGAUUAGGAACGCCCGUUCGGGCACAAGACUGAUUGUCGUUCGGAUGGAGAACGAUCAGAACGAAAAUCGAUUCGCAACGUUUGCGGGAUCGCGAGAGCAUGAAAACAGAGACCUCUUCGUUCGGCGGCAAUGGACGGCUGUCGGGUGUCGCUGUUCUUCUCGAGCAAGAAUUACGUGAGGCUUGCAAACGCGAAUAACGCAAGCGCAGAUCGGAUCUUUCGAGAUAGGGGAUGGUUAAGAGCCCGGUGUGUGCAACCGAAUGUGUGCACAUCCGAUUACAGCCACGAGUCUCGAUUAAUUCACCAAUUCGUACGUACGAACGAAACACCUAUCGACUUAUCGUCUAACUAGAGAUUACUAUGUAUGUAAAGAACGUGUCUUUUAGUUAACGCCGUAAUAAUUUAAGUCACCGAGAGAGAAAGCGAGAAGAGCGAUAUUAUUGUAACAUACUCACACACACGCACAUACACACGUACACGAAAGAAGCUACGCCGAAGGAAGGUAUAUGCAUACCUGAAUGACGGACAGCUCACACAAACACGAACUCGUCGCGUUAAUAUUCGAGAAGAAAAAAAAAAUAUAUAUAUAUAUAAAUAUUUAUGAUAUGAAUGGCGAAGCCGGAGAGUAAGAUGAAUUGUGCGGGCGUGACGGACGAGGAAUCGCCCCGUCUUUAGAUCGGAUUCAAACGAGACGGAGACAAAAUGCCAUAGGAAGAGGGAGGAGAGAAGCUCGUGCAACCCGCGGGCGACCUGUACAGAGAGCGAUACCUCGUCGCGCACGUGCGAUCUAUAUUGUAUUUUACGAUAUUACACGAUUAUAUAUGUACGUACCUACAUGGAUAAACGCAAAAUAGACGUCUAAUGAGGUAUGAGUGGCCGUGAGAUAAAAGGGGAGUAGAGGAGGCAGGGGGGGAGUGCGAUGAUCCGGGGGAAUGUGCGCGGCCGCCCGCGUAUAAUUCGAUGAUAAAAUAGGUGGUGUGUAUAGAUAAUGUAGACUCUAGUCAACAUAAUAUUUGUAAGAUGACGCACACACACACAUUAUCUCGUUCGUUUUCACAUACACACACACACGUACACACACGCGCCGUUAGUUCGCAUCUAGCUCCCCUGGCUCUUUUUAUAUUUCAUUUCUAUCUCUUUCCUUCCUUCGUCGUCCGCUACGUCUACGAUCGAGACGAGAGGGAUGACGAUCGGACUGCGUUUUUGCCUGGCGUUCGUCAUCCCUCGGACGACUGUGGAACGGCUAUCCGCCGUGAUGGGAGGGGAGCAAUCAUAUUUUCCUUCUUGUUAAUUUCACUUCAAGAAGAACUCCUCCGUGAGAAAAAAAAAGCGAUUAUAGACGGAGAGGAAGAGAGAAUGGUUCGCCAAUGUUAAUCGCGGAUAAUUUCGAAUGUCGCACGAUAAAGGGCGGACGCGAAGGGGUGGUCGUGCCCCAGCGCGUUCGCCGGACUCCUUUUUACAUCCCUCGGUAUAACAAAGACUGCGAAUGUAACUGUAGUAUUCGCGCGGACCACACGUGGAGGCAGAGGGAGGCGAACGGUCUCGUUCCGAGUUGGUUUUAUGUGAUAUAUAUACGUACGUAUGUGCAUAUGUGUAUUUUAUUAAGUGAAAAACACGGAAGGGAGCGAAUUGCCGGGAGGGCGACUUCGGGAUUGCGCGGAUCUCGUUGGCGCGCAGUCGUUCGCAGAGAGAGAGUCUGUUACUUAUAUAAAAUACGUAUAUCCAGCGAGAGAGAAAGAGAUAUAUUAUAUAUAUAUAUAUAGAAAUGGAUGUGUUUUAAGAGGAUGUAUAUGUCGAAUGCCUAUCGAAACUUCAAUAGACAACCGUGAAAAAUCACACUCAAGCACGUUCGAUUGUUUCGUAACAUAAGUUGCCACGAUUUAUAACUUUAUAAAUUAUCAUUUGUAACGAAUCGCGUCGCGGAGAGAGCACACGACGAGAGGAGGAGGAGGGUAAACGCUCUCUUUCUCUCUCUCCCUCUCUCCUCCCCCGAUCCAAAACGUACGCACUACGGCCUACGGUAAAAAAAAAAGAGGAGGCAACUGUUUAUACGUAUACACUCACGAUGUUUAAUGUGAAAUUAACAAUCCACACGAUCGACACCGCUGGUACACCGAGGUCGGCUAAUGUACGCGAAAAUUGUAGCGGUAGAGAGUUUAGAGGUGGGUCCCGAAAGACACAACGGGUAUCACGAAUCCGCGCCAUGCCCAAUUAAUAUGCGACGAGAUAAUUGACGACACGAUUAAGAUUACGCGAAGCCAAUACGUAAAACGACAGUCAAGACUGCCAAACAAAUAACUACGAAAGAACAUUCCUUCCCUUUCACUUACCCCUUUUCCCUUAACUCUUUCGCUAUGGCACGUAAGCAGAAGAUGAUUCUGAAUGUAUCUUUGCGUUUCGAUCUUUUAGAACAGAAAUUCAAAUUCGACGAUGGAAGAUUUUUCUUCUACGCUACGGAAAAAUGGUUAGAAGUUGUCAAAUUAGCGAUUUAGCUAUCAAAUACAGCAAUCGAGCAGUCGCGUGGAAAGUCGGGCGUUAGCAAUUAUUAAUCGAUGUAUUUCUGUCUGUAUAAAUAAGAGGGGGAGAAUUGUAAGUAUCUUAUCUUCUGAAAGCGCGCGGAGAUAAUGGAAAUAUCAAUUAGGAUAAUUAAUCCGCAAUGUGUUUUCAUUUGUAUAUAAAUGAGAAGACGACUAUAUUAUUAUCUCCUAAAAGUGCAAGCGAAAAAAUAACGCAGGUAUCAGUUCUAAAUGGGCUGCAGCCGGUGAUGCAUUACCGUCAAGGGGAUCCGGCGAUUAUACCUAGUAGCGAAAGAGUUAAUCUCCGAGCAUAGCGACCGCACUGCCUUCGAUAGAAUUUUUAACAGAUCGAUUCUCUGACCGUCGCUCGGGAAUAAAAGAGAUCAAUUCGCGCCGGGAGGGGACGAGCCGCGUGACGUACUAAAGUCGCGAGGCACGAAUAUAAAAAAAUCAAAAAGCUCUGUUUCUCUGUUCCUACGACGUCACGCGAAUCAUCCUCGUCGCGACGCGCGAGCUCAUCGUCGACUAUAAAUCAUUGAGCGGCAACGACACGCGUCAAUGAGUUCGCGAAGAACGUGAGCGCUGGUCCACAAUGCGGUUUCCAUCAAACUCUAUUACUCGACAUACAGUACGUAUCUCAACGAAAAACGUAAAGGGGGAAAAAAAAGAAACAAAAGACAGAGGGAAAUUUUAGAGAGGUUUAACCGGAUAUAAUGAUUGCGAUAUCAGUCAUUAUGUGCGAUAGUAUUACUCGUUUUUUUAACUGUACGCUUCAUUCGAGAAGAAUUGUCCGUGCUUAAGAACAUAUACGUCUAAUAAAUAGUUUGCGAGAAA